UCAUUACCAUCACUGUUUACAUGAUGAUGAAAACUAUGAGAGUUCGGUUGGCAAUGGCGCUGCUUAUGAUCAUAACCGUUCUUACCAUUGUCACGGCGCAGCAAACGGACCUGCAACAACCACCUCCCCCACCGAUGUUGCCCGAGGAGGAAGUGGGAGGAUGCAGUAGAACAUUCUUCUCCGCGCUGGUGCAGCUGAUACCAUGUAGAGCAGCAGUAACUCCUUUCAGCCCAAUCCCACCGACCGAGAUGUGUUGCUCUGCCGUUGUCACACUUGGUCGUCCUUGUCUUUGCCUUCUUGCCAAUGGACCUCCACUCUCCGGCAUUGACCGCUCCAUGGCCCUUCAGCUUCCUCAGAGAUGCUCUGCUAAUUUCCCUCCCUGCGAUGUCAUCAACUAGGAAGGACAUAUCAUCUUUCUUUUCUUUUCUUUUUUUCAUUUACCUUUCACUCUAAUAAACUUGCUGUUUAGUGUAUUAUGUCCCAGACUUCCAAAACAUUAAUAAAGUUAUGACAAUCGA